AUGGUCCAAUACUCCAUUAGCGGUACAUGGUACAAUGGCUUCAGGGCGUAUAACACACCGACGGGCCAAUCGACAAUUCAACGCCAGUGGGCGACAUACGAGCCCAUUACGGAUCCUACAGCUUCCACCAUCGCCUGCAAUAAUCCCGGUACAACGACUGACCCCCAACUUACCGCAACAGUUGCUGCCGGCACUCCGAUCACUGCUUACUGGAACAGUCCCUGGCCUCAUUCCAUAGGACCCAUGAUGGUCUACAUGGCCAACUGCGGGGGCAACUGCACUAGUGCAGAUCCGACUUCUCUCAAUUGGUUCAAGAUCGACGAGUCAGGUCUCAUCAAUGGCACCGUUGCUAAUGGCUUCUGGGGUUCUGGAUUGAUGAUUCAACAAAACUCGUCGUGGACCUCGACAAUCCCGGCCGCCCUCCCGAGUGGAAGUUAUAUUAUUCGGCACGAGACGCUUGCACUUCACACGUCGAACCAGCCACAGUUCUAUAUGGAGUGUGCGCAGCUUACAAUUACGGGUGGCGGUAGUGGAACACCUUCUCCAACUGUCAAGUUCCCUGGUGCAUAUAGUAUGAACGACUCGUCUAUCAACAUUGACGUGUAUUCUUCUACUGCGACUACCUACGUUAUCCCUGGACCUUCAGUCUGGACUGCCUAA